CAAAGGUCGUGUUGUCAGGCGACAUUUCCGCUGCAGAAAUUAUGUCGUAAAUUUGAGAUGUUUUGAGUUGAGUUUUGUCCAAUAAUACAACGUUCUUCGGCAAACAGUCAACACUAUGAGUUGGAAUCCGUUCAACCGUCUUUCUGCCUCCCCCAAGAGAACAGUCAUUUCCAAGACAGUCGAGAAAGACUUUGAGCGGGAAUGUACAAAACUGGCACAACUGGAUGAAUCCACUAAAAAACUGUACAAAGACAUGAGGAAAUGUACAGAGGCAGUCACAGCGCUGUCCAAGUGUGAGGUAAAGUUGGGGCAAGAUCUUGUGUCCACGUGUCAAGGAGAAGACAUGUUAAGGAAUGAGGCAGAGGCAGUGGGAGCCACAACAGCUAAGCUGGAGGGGUUCUCUCAGGAACUGAACACAAAUAGUCAAAAAGCAGUAAUUGAACCGAUGAAAAGGUUCACCAACAUCUUCCCCCAGGCCAACAGUGCCAUCAGGAAAAGGGAACAUAGUCUUCAGGAGUACAGUCGACAGCAGCUGAAGGUAGAAAAGCUACAAGAGAAGGAGAGGACGGGACCAAAUAUUGUCAAACUGGAGCAGGGUAAGAAGGCCCUGUCGGCAGCCAAGGAAGAUUUUGAGGUGCAGAACUCCAGUCUGAUGGAGGAGAUGCCACAAUUCUACGACGGGAGGAUCGACUACUUCCAGCCAUGCUUUGAGGCACUGCUUAGAUCUCAGGUUGCGUACCACAGUAACGCGUACAAGGUCCUGUGUGAGCUGGCCUCUGACCUCGGCGCAGACACUGAACCCCCUCCCGACCUCCAGUACAAUGCUGACCUUCAGAAACAGCUGUUUGACAUGAAGGCACUCAGUAUAGUCUUAGAGGACUAGGAUCAGAAAAUUAGAACUGGGAACAAUUAAUUUCCAUUUCUUUCCGACAGACUACAUUACAAGACAGGGCUCAAAAUACCACCUGCUGUGCAGGUAUUUCUGAUGUCUACCUGCACCAAACCAGCACUGGGUUUAUACAUUUGUACAUGUUUAUACAUGUUUGUACAUGUAUAGGUGUAUGUGAGUUUUUAUUUGCUGGAUUCACUGGAAUUUAUUCUGCAAUCCUUACAAUCAUGUCUGCCUGAUUUUGUCAGUUAGGUCAACUAAAAUCAAGCAUUACAAUGAUGUAUGUAAAUAUUGUAUGUAAGUUUUCAUUCAUAUUGAUCUGUAUCAAACAUGCAUUGAAAGUACAAGGUUUCCAAAGUGUGGAAACUUGUGCUGGCUACAACAGUAAUAAACUAUUCAUGGUAGUCCUCCCGUCUGUUAAAAGAAAGAAAGAUCAAUGAUGAAAAAAUCAGAAAUCAGUUGUUUUUUUAUUACUGAUUGCAUUCAUAUAAUUGCACUUUGUAGUUCAUCAGUAUUACAAAAUGGCAUCAACAAAUGGUUUGACAUCAAUAUACUUUAUACUGUAACAUCAUAUUUUUGAAUAAAUGUAAAUCUCCUGUCAUAGUUUUAACCACAUGUAUCAGAAUGGAAGAAUAAAAGUGAAGUAAUUCUUUUCCUGAA